AUGGAAGCCGGCCCCGCCCUGGCCUGGCUGCUGCUCCUCAGUCUGCUGGCUGACUGUCUGAAAGCCGCCCAGUCCCGGGACUUCACCGUGAAAGACAUUAUCUACCUCCACCCUUCAACCACACCAUAUCCUGGUGGAUUUAAGUGCUUCACCUGCGAAAAGGCAGCAGACAAUUAUGAGUGCAACCGAUGGGCCCCAGACAUCUACUGCCCUCGAGAGACUAGAUACUGCUACACUCAGCACACCAUGGAAGUCACAGGAAACAGCAUCUCUGUCACCAAGCGCUGUGUUCCGCUGGAAGACUGCUUGUCCACUGGCUGCAGAGACUCCGAGCAUGAAGGCCACAAGGUCUGCACUUCCUGUUGUGAAGGAAAUAUCUGUAACUUGCCGCUCCCCCGAAAUGAAACUGAUGCCACAUUUGCCACAACAUCACCCAUAAAUCAGACGAAUGGGCACCCACACUGCAUGUCCGUGAUAGUGUCCUGCUUGUGGGUGGGCUUAGUGAGGCAGAAAUGGGGA